CAGCCGCUUCCCGCCGCCGCCAGCCGGGGCGGCCGCAGGAGCAGCAGGGGGAGGAGCGACAGCCGCCGAAUUCGCCAACUGGAGGAGCGGGAGGCGGAGCUUGGGUCCCUGUAGCAGCCCGAGGCGCAGGCUGGACUCUAGUUUCCCGGGAGAGCCCAGAGCAGGAGCUCGGGCGGAGCGGAGCGCGGUCCCGCGAGCAUCGGCUCCAGCAUCCCGCCAGGGGUUGCAGGUGUGUGGGAGAAUAAGUUGUAAAUGAAAACCUUUAACAGGAAGAUCUCAUUUAUCAAAUGGACCCAGAAUUCCUACCAAAACACCAAACCUCAGAACCUAUGAAGUUGAACUUCAUGAAGUUGCCAAGUGUUGACUGUUUUUGACCUACCAAAGAGAAAAAAAAAAAAAAAAAAAACCCUAUUCACACGGUUCAACCUAAUACAUCAGCUAUUCCAGCCUACCUAGUACUGUUCCAAACUGGAAUGUGUUGGUCAAGAGAGACUAAAAUAUAAUUUUGUUUCUAGGCUUAAGCACUCCCAUCAUGGCUUUCCUCGGACUCUUCUCUUUGCUGGUUUUGCAAAGUCUGGCUUUAGCGGCCACUUUCCCUGAUGAAACCAUUGCUGAGUUGUCGGUGAAUAUGUAUAACCAUCUUCGAGCCACUGGGGAAGAUGAAAAUAUUCUUUUCUCUCCAUUGAGUGUUACCUUCGCUAUGGGAAUGAUGGAACUUGGGGCCCAAGGGUCUACCUUGAAGGAAAUUCGUCAUUCAAUGGGAUAUGACAGCCUGAAAAAUGGUGACGAAUUUUCCUUCUUGAAGGAUUUUUCUAACAUGGUAACUGCUAAAGAGAGCCAGUAUGUGAUGAAAAUUGCCAAUUCUCUCUUUGUGCAAAAUGGAUUUCAUGUCAAUGAGGAAUUUUUGCAAAUGCUGAAAAAAUACUUUAAAGCAGAAGUGAAUCAUGUGGACUUCAGUCAAAAUAUAGCCGUGGCCAACCUUAUCAAUAAGUGGGUGGAGAAUAACACAAAUAAUCUGUUGAAAGAUUUGGUGUCCCCAAGAGAUUUUGAUGCUGGCACUCACUUGGCCCUCAUCAAUGCUGUCUAUUUCAAAGGGAACUGGAAGUCACAGUUUAGACCUGAAAAUACUAGAACCUUUUCCUUCACUAAAGAUGAUGAAAGUGAAGUCCAGAUUCCAAUGAUGUAUCAACAAGGGGAAUUUUAUUAUGGAGAAUUUAGUGAUGGCUCCAAUGAAGCUGGUGGUAUCUACCAAGUUCUAGAAAUACCCUAUGAGGGAGAUGAAAUAAGUAUGAUGCUGGUAUUGUCCAGACAGGAAGUUCCGCUGGCGACUCUGGAGCCGUUGGUCAAAGCACAGCUGAUUGAAGAAUGGGCAAACUCUGUGAAGAAACAAAAAGUGGAAGUGUACCUGCCCAGGUUCACAGUGGAGCAGGAAAUUGAUUUAAAGGAGGUUUUGAAGGCUCUUGGAAUAACUGAAGUUUUCAUCAAAAAUGCAAAUUUGACAGCUUUGUCUGAUAACAAGGAGAUUUUCCUUUCCAAAGCAAUUCACAAGUCCUUCAUCGAGGUUAAUGAAGAAGGCUCAGAAGCUGCUGCAACCUCAGGAAUGAUUGCAAUUAGUAGGAUGGCUGUGCUGUAUCCUCAAGUUAUUGUGGACCAUCCAUUUUUCUUUCUUAUCAGGAACAGGAGAACAGGUACAGUCCUAUUCAUGGGACGAGUCAUGCAUCCUGAAACAAUGAACACAAGUGGACAUGAUUUUGAGGAACUUUAAAUCAUUUCGUAUGCAAAAGAGUAACCACACACUAUGUUUGCAACUGGUAUAUUUAAGAUUUGUGUUUUACACUAUAUCUUAUGAUAAUAUUUAAAAAUAGUUCCAGAUAAAACAAUGUAUGUAAAUUAUAAGCCAACCUGUCAAGGAAUGUUAUCAGUAUCUUUGAGGUAAUAGUCCUGUGGUGUCGUUGUGUUUGUUGUGCUGGUAUUUAAAAUAAAAGUACAUAUUGAUCAUGUGAACAAUUCUGUUUUCAUUUUCCAAGUUGUAGUGUAAGGCUACUUCUAGGUAAAAUUUGGAAACGGUGAUGUUUUUGGACAUCUUAAAUCUUUCAUAAUCACGCAAAACCAAAGCAGUGUAGGAAAUUAGCAUUAUUACACUAUGAUACCAUAAUGAUCGAUGCAAGUCAGAUGAAGACAAGCACUCAACUCCACAAAAACUCUAAUUGUCAUUUCUCUGAGGAUGGUAAAUGGUGUAGGAUAAAAGAAUAUAAAUGAACAUCUUCUGUAAGCUCUAUGAUAAAAGUUGAUAGAAAAAAUAGGACCAUGCAAACCCCUAGAUUAUGGCUAUAGCUUAUUUACUAUGUCUUUAAACCCUCCCUGGGUUUCAGCACCUGAUGUAGAUUAGAGACCUGCUAUAUCACCGUGUUUUGCUGCUGCAGUAAAAUCCAAAUUACAACAAAGUUCCCAAAAGUCCCCAAAUAAGUUGUAUGAGCAAAUUAAUACAAGGUAUGCCCUUUGAUAGGUCACCAGAAAAUUAAUAAGAAAAACCAUGCUAAUAUAGAUACUGGAAACUGGCAGGUCGAGGGCUGAAUGCUGCCCUCAGAGAUGCUGUUUGUUCCAUGUGGAAGAUUUUUAUGUUUUGAACUUGAAUGUCCAUACUUGGGGUAUCACAAUCCCGGUUUCUCCCAUUGGUCACCUGAUGCCUCUUGGAUGCAUUUGUAUCUGGGACCUCUGGAGGGUUCUAGUAAGUACUUUGCAGAAUAUAUUCAUCUUAUUUCCUAGCACAAGAAGUAGUUAGUUCCAGUGCGGCCCUGACCGCUUCUUAAGAUCUCCAGUAAAUUACUUAGUUAUCCUUUGGCUAAGAUAAUGAUAUUCCUUGGGGCUAGGGGUGGGUGGGGAAGGAGCUGAGGGAGAAUGAUUUCAUCAUGUUCCGUGAAUGGAACCAGGCCCAUUUGACACCAUGUUUUUCACUCUAUGAUUAAUGAUCAUAGAAAAAGCUUGAAGCAUUUUCAGAACCUAACAGAAACAAUUUGCAUGUGACUUUCUUGUGUGUAAGAUGUUUUCCUAUGAUUUGGAGCUGUCAACAAGAAGUGAUAUUAUCACUAACUUUGAUUCUGUUCAGGGUAAUCAUUGUUUUGGGAGACCAGGCUUCACCCUAGACCUACUGAAUUCUAAACUCUGGGGAAAAAUUUGAAAAUCUAUGUCUGUGACAAGUUCCCUUGGUGACUUUGUGAUACACCAAAUCUUAAAUAUUUCAAAAAAUAAAGGAUACACAUGGAAUGCUUACUUAUAUUGAAAGCACUAGAUUGUAAGCUUACUUAUAUUCUAAGUAGUUGUUUAGAUAUGGUUAAUUUAUAGAAAAUUAGACCAAUCAGUAAAGUAUCCUAAAGUAUCAGUACUUCUCCCACUUUAUGUGUAAGGAAGUAACUGGGGAUCUUAUUAAAAAUGCAGAUUGUUAUUUAGUAGGUCUGGCGUGGGAUGUGAAGUCUUGCAUUUCCAAUAAGCUCCCGGGUGAUAUGAUUGCUAUUGGUACAUGAACUCGGGUUGGUAUCAAAACUCCAUGUAACCUAAGGUUUGCAUGUCUGAUACUUUUAUAUGUAGAAACAGAAAAACUGUAUAAUAUUCCUACAACUUGGAGAAAUAUAGGGGGUGGGGUAGUAGUGUACAUUAAAAAUGCAAAGCACUUACACAAAAAGAGAAAAAUGGCUUUACUCUAAAGUUCCUUUUUUCAUGUACGUACUAUGUAAAAAUUCAGACUUCCUCUGCAUUUUAGAACACUUGAAAUGUACGCUUUAAAAAUAUAGAGACAUUUAUAGGCAAUGGCCACAAAAAAAAAUUUAUGAAUACCCAAGGACACAAUACUUAACACUGAAUCUUUUACAGCUUAUGUAUUCAGAAGACUUAUAGUUUAUUCAUAAAGCUGAGGUUAUUGUAGAACAGUGCUCUUGUUUUCAUUUAUAAUGUACACAGACUGGGCUAACUGAUGUUGAUUCACUAUUGGUAUUCAGAGUUUGUGAUAUUCUUCGUUGCCAUGUCGCUGCUUAUUAAGCGUUACAUAUAUUGCUAUAUCUGUAUGUCCAUCAGUCAACCAAAUGGGUUACCUAUAAGGAAGAGUAAACAUCAUUAGGCAAGUGUAUGAAUUUUAUAAAACCCUAAAUGCAAUUUUUAUUAGCUUAUAUAAGAUUAAACGCUACUAUUCAGAAUGUUUACCUUAAAAUAUUUCAACACGAUUUAGCUGUCCCUUAAAUGAAAAUGGGUUCUGCUUGUAUUAGCAUGUCCGUGGUGUGCUUAAAAAUAGAAUACUUAAUAGCACCAGGUUUUUCCUAGUGUUUCGACUUGUUUAUGAUUUCAAUAUCUCCUGUUCUAUUGAAAAGGUCACAUCUCAUAGUUCAGUUGCAUUUCCUUUAAAAAUGUGUAAGUUAUCACACACACACAUGCACACUGUGCACAUCUUAUGGAAAUUCCUUUCUCUUUGUAUAUGUAUUUUGGGAAGAAAUCAGCAAUAAUAUAUCUUUUUAUUUUCAAUCUCUCCAGCUCUGCUGAGGUAUCAUUGAUAAAUAAAUUGAUGUGUAUUUCAAGUGUACGAUGAGAUUUCAUAUACGUACACAGUGUGAAAUGAUUACCACAAAUUGAGAAACACAUCCAUUAUCUCACAUAUCUGACCUUUGUGCGUGCGUGGUAAGAUUUACGGUCUUUGCAAAUCACAAGCAUGCAAUAUAGUAUUCUAACGACAGUCACCAUGCUGUACCUUAGAAUCCUAGAACUGGUUCAUUUUACAACUUGUUCAUCAUUGGCCAAUGUCUCUCCAUUUCCUCCAGCCCCUGGCAACAACCAGUCUACUCUAUUUUUAUGAGUUCUACUAUUUUUUUUUAAGAUUCCACAUUAUGACUGAGAUCUUACAAUCUUUGUCUUUCUUUCUUUGCUGAUUUCACUCAGCCAUAGGGUCCUGCAGAUUCAUCCAUGUUGUUGAAACAGCAAGAUUUCCUUCUUUUUUUUAUGGUUAAUACUGUUCUUUUGUAUAUUUGUGUGUGUGUAUAUAUAUAUAUAUAUAUUGCAAAGGAAGAUAUAUAGAUAUGUAGGUAUGUAUAUUACAUUUUCUUUAUUCAUAUAUCAGUGGACACUUAGGUUGUUUUCACAUCUUGGCUAUUAUGAAUAAUACUGCAAUAAACAUGAGAAUACAGUUAUCUCUUCAAGAUAUCCGACUGUUUCCUUUGGAUGUAUAUUUUAGAUAUUAACCCUUUAUCAACGUGUGAUUUGCAUAUACUUUCUCCCAUCCUGUAGGUCGCCCUUUUCAUUUUGUUGAUGAUUUCAUUUGCUGUGCUAAAGCCUUUUUAUUUGAUCGAGUCCCACGUGUCAUUUUUGCUUUGGCUGCGUGUGUUUUUGCCAAAAAUCUAUCGCCAAGACCAAUGUCAAGGAGCUCUUUCCCUGUGCUUUUUUUCUAAGCGGGCAAACAUGGAGAAUAUGAUACUGAGCACAGCCGCUUUGUUUCAUGUCUGCCAACAAAGUUAUUCUUGAGGGACUGUUGAAGCCUCUACAUGCACAUAAAAAUAGCUUAUGGAAAAAGAAAUCUGUCUCCUGAAGAGAAGGAGAGAGAUUUCCACAGAAGAAUCAGUUUGUUUGUUUUUCAUUAAUUACUUUGGUUCAAAGUGUAGGAGAUAGUUUAACAUUAAUAAGCUAGGAGCUAAUGGUGCAUCCUGUUCAUAUUGGUUUCUGAUUUGAGUGAGACAAAGAUCCAUAUAUUUUGUGAGAAGGAUAUUUAAUUAAUGAAAAUAUAACCAGUGCAAAUAAAACACUUACUGUCCUUUGUCCAAAUACACUCUUUAUUAUACAUUAAGUAUAGAUGAACUUUUCCUCUAUUUGAAAAUUGCAGAGUUUUUUGUUUAACUGGGGAGAAAUGAAGUCGUUAUGUGUGACAUAUGGCAUGUUCCAGAAAAUGUUUCUUCAGCAGUCAUCACAGCUUCUAGCUGAUAUAGCAGUUCUUUUUCUCUUUCUCAAAUAGGAGACAAUGUUUCAUCUCUCUCCUUUUCUGGAAGUUUUGUGAUAAUUCAUGGAUACAUAAAUCUGACAUUUGUUCACACAAUUGCUCUUUGCUCUGUCUGUUAUUCAAAGAAAAUUGCUGAUGGAGAGAUUAUCUUUUUUCUGUAUGAUUGAGUGACCCCUCUUCGGGUGUUUUCUGCUUAAAUAUUUAUAACCAGAUAGCUAUGGAAAAAAACACAGGCUGUGUGUGAUAUGGGAGAGAACCAAGUUUGAACACCAGAUCUGCCGCUUACUAGUUAGUUAUGUGUCCUUGGAACAAAUUGUAUGAUCUAUAUUUUCAAAUACUAGCAUCUAUCUACUUCAUAAGAUUGAAUGAUAUAAUAUGCAUAAGGAAUAGAAUAGGUAUUUGACACAUAUUAGUCACUCAUGGAAGGCAGGCUAUUAGCAUGAACAUUAUCAUACUGCAGAUCUUCUAAGGCACAUAAUUUCUCACAUUUUAACACUUAUGAAAAUAGAGUGAUCAAUAGUGUCUCGCAAUUGCCGAAAAGGUGGCAGCCGUAACAUAGAUGGCAUUGCUUGUGCAUGUAGGACUCUUGUUGCAUGACGAUUGUCUAACUGUAAUCCCUUGGCUUUUCCACCAGCAACUAUUUGAGAACAAAUCAUAAUGACUAUUUGAGGAAGCAUCGUAAAUCCAGGAUAUUGUCUAAAAACCUUUCAUUGACUUUUUUUCCUGUAAGAUAAAGUGCCAGUUUCCAAAUUUGUAGAAUAGUUGUCAACAGUUCUAGAGAUAAAACUUGCAGUUUGGGCAUGACUGUGUCACCAAGGUUCUCAGGGGCAUUGAGGACAAGGGUGUGGGCAAAUAAGACAUCAAACACUGCAGGGAAAGUGACGUGGCCUCUGUGUUUUAGAAACACUGUAUUUUUGCUUACCUUGCAUUGUAUUUUGCAUACUUUCAUUUUAAAAUGUACAUAACUCUGACAUAUAAUAGAAUUUAUUCAAAUAAAUCUAAAAGACAUCCUUAAUGUUUUGAAUGAGUUUAAAAUAAACAUUUACUGUAUCCAA